UCAAGGUGGCCAGCGCGAGACCGGACCUUUUUCCGGUCACAUUCUUGGGUCAGUUCACGUGCUCAGUGGCUCAGGUGUUUAUCCUCGGGAUGCCCUCGCGCAUCGCGUCGGUGUGGUUCGGCUCGGAAGAAGUGUCCACUGCAUGCUCCAUCGGGGUCUUCGGAAAUCAGUUGGGGAUUGCCAUAGGCUUCCUAGUUCCACCAAUACUGGUUCCAAAUGUGGACAAUCUGGACGAGUUGGCGGCUCACAUCAGAGUCAUGUUCUACAUCACGGCGGGAGUGGCCACCUUCCUGUUUGUAUUGGUUGUCAUUGUGUUUCAGGAGCAUCCCGAGAUCCCUCCCACCCACGCUCAGGCCGCGGCUCGGCAGAUCUCUCCAGAGAACUACUCAUAUACAGCAUCCAUCCUCAGGCUGCUUCGCAACAAAGCCUUCAUCCUUCUCGUCAUCACUUACGGGUUGAAUGUUGGCUGUUUCUACGCUGUCAGUACGCUUCUCAACCGAAUGAUCAUUGAACACUAUCCUGGAGAGGAGGUGAACGCCGGCAGGAUCGGCCUCACCAUCGUGAUCGCUGGCAUGGUGGGAUCUCUCAUCUGUGGGAUCUGGUUAGACCGAUCUAAGACAUACAAACAAACAACUCUAGCCGUGUAUGUGAUGUCGCUUGUGGGUUUGGUGCUUUAUGCUUUUACCUUGGAUCUGGGUCACCUGUGGGUGGUCUUCAUCACAGCAGGAACCCUCGGGUUCUUCAUGACGGGUUACCUUCCCCUCGGUUUUGAGUUUGCUGUUGAAUUGACUUACCCAGAGUCUGAGGGGACGUCUUCAGGACUUCUGAACUGCUCAGCACAGGUAUUCGGGAUCAUAUUUACGAUCUGUCAGGGGAAAAUCAUGGACUCUUUUAAUACUCUGGCCGGAAAUCUCUUCCUGUGUGCCUUCCUGCUGAUAGGAACCAUCAUUACAGCCUGUAUUAAGUCUGAUCUGCGCAGACAGCUGGCAAACCAACAAGCACUGGCAGCCGGCCCUGUGGAAGCGUCACCGGCACAAGCUUUUGAAGCCAAACUCUAAUGUGAUCACGAGACUGAUCAAGUAGUACAGUUAUCUUUUAUAGUUUUUUUAUCCUGCCUUGAACUUUGAUUUAUUUUUCCUUUGGGACUUUUGAAUCACACUGUAUUGUGUGUGUGUGUGUGUGUGUGUGUGUGUGUGUGUGUGUGUGUGUGUGUGUGUGUGUUCAUUUGAACUGUAUUGAGUGUUUAUAUCAGCCAGGGACUGAUCAGGUGUUUGUUUGUUUUGUUGGUAUUGUGUGAUCAUUUGUUUACUUGAUCACUAAUCAUCUCAAGUAGGAUACAUUCUAAUUUUUUAACUAGUUUAUCAAAUGAUGAUUUAAAUUAUUGUUAACAUUUAAAAUGUCUUAUUGUAAGUUUGAAAAAAAAAUUCUGCGAUGAAACCCAUAAGAAUGUGGAGCAUUUCAGUAUUGUUUGAACUUCAGAAUUGAAACCGAAGCUCAACACAGUUAAAUAUACUGCGUUGGUUUCAAUCUGUGCAAUAAGUACUGAAUAACUGUUUCUUUAUUUUUAUAUAGUUGUUUCGUUUUUUUUUUUUACCCUAAUUGAAAGCUCUCUAAAGACCAUCUGAAUAAAUUGUAAUAAAUAAAACAAAUCUAACAUCUAA